GGUCCAUGGGGAUAACCCUUUUGGUUCUGUUCCCCAUUCUUGGCUAUCCAGUUUCUUACUCUCUACUCUCUACUCUCUGUGACUCUGAGAAGACAACUAAGAAUCAAACCCUUCUCAAUUCUGAUUAUAAUAAUAUCUGAAAUUCAGAGGAAAAUGGGGUCUCUUCCUAUCACCGGUAAACCAUUCUUCACCCAGCUCCAUUGCUUUUCAUCAAACAGAACCAUUUCUCUGAAUCAGAGACUCAAGGUCUCCGCCUCACGAUCACGAGAAGGAGACGAAGAACCCCCUAAGCUCGACAGCUACGACCUCAUGGAACUCAAGUUCGGUCGCUUACUCGGAGAGGACCCCAAACUCACCCUUGCCAAGAUAAUGGGAAGAAAGGCUAACCCUGAUGCUUCUUAUCUUGACAUUGAGAAAGCCUUUUAUAAGAGGCGUGGUAAAGUUGUGGAAGUGGAGGAAGUUCCCUUUGAAGGAGGGAAGCCAUCAAGGAAAUUGGAUGACCUUGGUUUGGUGCGUCCUGUUCCUGUUAAGGGGUUCCAAUUCAAAUCUGAUGAUAAAAAACCUGCAUUGGAGAUUAAGAAACCCGUCAGACCCGAAUAUACCAAAGGGAGUGCUGGGAAAAGCAGUGUUCCCAAUGUUAUUCUCCGAAAGCCGACCGUGUUUAAGGAGGAUGGCGAUGAGGGCACGCUGUCGGGGUUGAGAAUGAGGCCCAACCUGUCGCUGAAAAUGGGGGAUGAGCAAGUUAAGGAGAAGUUUAGUGACAUGACACUGUUGAGGAAGCCUGGGCCAAUGGUUCCCAAGAAUACCGAUGCCAUCCGAGAGCCUACUUCUAGUGUGGAUGACCAGGGGAAGGAUGAUGGUGAGUUGGAGAUGUGGAAUGAAGAGCCAGGUGGUGAAAUUGGUGGCUUUACAUUGUUGGAACGCCCGCACAAACCAACUGCGGAAAAAGAAGAAGAGAAGUUUCGAGAAGUGAAGGCCGUGGUACCAAAUGAUGAACUGGAGCAACAUGAGCAGAGAGAGCUGGAGUUCCAUGAGGAGCCUACUGAUUUGAGUCAAUUGUCUGAUUUAAAGUCAGUUGAUUCUAGUGUGGAGUUGUCUGUGGAAGCUUCGUUACAGGCAAAGCCAAAAAGAUUAGAUCAAUUUGUGAAACAAACCUCGAAAUUUGUUGGAGAAGAGGAUGCUUCCCUUAAUCUUGGAGAUAACACAAGCAAUGACAGCUUAGCGAAUGUUGCUGAUGAGUCAGAUUUCCAGGAAGGCGAAGAUGCUGAUUGGACCAGGGCAGAAGAUUUGAUUAAGACCAGAGAUAGAGAAUAUGUGGAACUAGUUAGCUGCAAUACCAAAGGUUUCAUUGUUUCUUUUGGUUCCUUGGUAGGAUUUCUGCCAUACCGUAAUCUUGCUUCCAAGUGGAAGUUCUUAGCUUUUGAGUCAUGGUUAAAACAGAAGGGCUUGGAUCCAUCAAAGUACAAGCAAAACUCAGGCACUAUUACAAGUUUUGAUGCUGAAAAUAAGAAUUUUUCUCCUGAUUCUCCUUCAUAUAGGGAGACUGAUGGUAAAGUUGAAGACAAAGUUUCACCAGAUAUGAAAUUGGAAGAUCUUCUAAGGAUUUAUGACCAAGAGAAAAUCAAGUUCUUAUCAUCAUUUAUUGGGCAGAAAAUUAAAGCAAAUGUGUUAGUGGCAGACAGAAAAAUUAGAAAGCUCAUAUUCUCUCUAAGACCAAAAGAGAAGGAAGAAUUAGUUGAGAAAAAGAGAAAUCUCAUGUCUAGACUUCAAGUUGGGGAUAUAGUGAAAUGCCGUGUCCAGAAAAUAGCUUACUUUGGAAUUUUUGUUGAGGUUGAAGGAAUUUCUGCAUUAAUACAUCAGUCAGAAUUAUCAUGGGAUGCCACUUUGAACCCAACAUCGUAUUUUAAGAUUGGUCAGGUUCUAGAGGCAAAAGUUUACCAAUUAAACUUUGCUCUUGAGCGCAUAUUUUUAUCAUUAAAGGAGGUCAUGCCUGAUCCAUUAAUGAAUGCCCUAGAGGCUAUAGUUGGGGAUCAUGACCCUUUAGAUGGGAGAUUGGAAGCAGCUCAAGCAGAUGUAGAGUGGUCUGAAGUAGAAUCUCUUAUCGAAGAAUUGCAAAAGAUUGAGGGAGUCCAGUCUGUUUCAAAAGGCCGUUUUUUCAGAAGCCCUGGUUUAGCUCCAACUUUUCAGGUUUAUAUGGCAUCCAUCUUUGAGAAUCAGUAUAAGUUACUUGCUCGAUCUGGAAAUAAAAUACAAGAGGUGAUAGUUGAAACUUCCUUAGAUAAAGAAAGGAUGAAAUCAGCUGUUAUGACAUGUGCAAACAGAGUGGAAUAAUUGUGGAUUGUGACGGUAAGCCUUUUGUUGCUUGCGUUUUGGUGAUUGUACAUUCGUUCGGGAAGUGCAGGCUGCAAUUUAAGGAGCAUUUCAAGUUAAUUUAGACAAGAGGAUUGGGAGGAUCAAAAUUUUCUUUGUUGUAAAAAAGCAAUAUAAUAAAGGCAUAUUUCUACCUUUUGAGGGGGGAGGUAUUGGGCGUUAGAGGGAGGGGUUACAUAUGAAGGACAUGUAAAAAUAACACGAAUCCUUUCUCUUGGGUCAAGUGAUGCCAUUUCUUGUUUUUGUGCA